ACCAGAUCUCACGGUCUCUUGUUGUCUCCGGCUUCCACUGCGCAGGGUAAAGUUGGUCGAGGCACGAUGCAUGCUGCGAAGGAGAAGGUGAAGGACAUGGCUAGCGCGACCAAGGAGAAGGUGAAGGAGUACUCCGGCAAGGCCGAGGGAAAGGCAGAGGCGGCAACUGCUCGGACACCGGAGGAGAGGGAAGCGGCGGACGAAAGAGCCAAGGCGAGGGAGAAGGCGGCCAAGGCGGAGUACCACGAGGAGAAGGCCGAGCACCAAGAGGAGUCUGCUGCCCACCGCGGCGGCACCGGUCGUGUUCCCCUUACCAGUCAGCACCACCACCGUCCCGUCGGCGCCGACCCGACUUAUCCCGGUACAGGUACUGGCCACCCCGCUGGAGAAAAGUAUCUGUAGAAUUGUUGUGGUCGGUCCCACCUGUAGUACGUGACAGUAUGGUAGUUUUUUUUUUUUUUUUACUGAUGGCAUGUUACGUAGGUGUUUGUGUUUUUGUCACUUUUGUUGGGCAGCAGAAGUCUCUUAUCUUUACGAUGGUAAAACAUAUCUAUAUGCAUGGUUUCCAUGAGACUACUGUUAUCAAACAAAUAUAUUGUGGC